ACAGAGAAGCAGCGCUCCUGCCUGCUGCCCCCCGACGACGGUCCCUGCCGCGCCCUGGUGCCUCGCUGGUACUACGACAGGUACACGCAGAGCUGCCAGGAGUUCACCUACGGGGGCUGCCACGGCAACGCUAACAACUUCCUCACCCUCGACGACUGCGAGAAGAGCUGCUGGACUAUCAAGAAAGUACCCAAAUUAUGCCGGAUGGAGGCUGAUGGAGGACCUUGCAGGAGUCAUCUAAGAAGAUACGCCUUUAACUUGAGCUCAAUGAGGUGUGAGGAGUUCAUCUAUGGUGGCUGUUACGGAAAUGGCAACAACUUCAGAGAUUUGCAGUCUUGUGUGGACCACUGUCUGCCAGAGAAAACUGGUCCCUUGCUAUGCUAUAGCCCAAAGGAUGAAGGAUUGUGUUCUUCUUCUGUGCCUCGCUAUUAUUAUGACUCCAAGACUAAAUCAUGUAAGGAGUUCAAAUAUACCGGCUGUGGUGGAAAUGCCAACAACUUCGUUACUGAAACAGAUUGCUACAAUGUCUGCAGAAAAGAGACUCAGAAGCCAAGAAUCAACAAGCCAACAAAUGUAUUCCGCAGAAAAAUGAUGAGAAAACUGAUUAAGAAACCUCAGACGUAUAACCCAAAGUCCUAA